UUAAGUUCCUUAUUUCCGCCAAACCAGUGCAGAACAUCCGAUUACUGCUUCAGUCUCGGAGCUUCUUUUCUUUGCCUCUACACUCACUCAAUUCUAAGCUUCCAAUCGAAGAUUUUUGAGGAGUGAAUUGAUCGAGGAACAUGAGCAAUACGAUCGGCCAUAACUUACUUCACAAGAGUUUGCUCCGGCACACUCUUCUAGAACAUCAAAGCAAAAUAAGCUGUUCUGGAGUUUCAGGCAACGCACUGUUUCAAGCUCAGUCCCCGACGCAGAUUAAAAAGUCGCCGAUAUCCACCAAAUUCCGAGGGAACCGUUUGAAUCUGAGGAAAACGAAGUUACCAAUGGGAACACAUCACUUGGUUUCAGUUAUUCCUCGAGCUGUAUUGACCACGGAUACUACUUCUGAGCAGCUUGCAGGAAAAUUCUGCCUUGAUGAAAAUAUCGAAUUGCAGGUUGAUGUUAGUGUUCCCACUCCAGGCUCUAUGGUACAAGUACAUAUUCAAGUCACCAAUUGUAGUAACUCUCUGCUUCUUCAUUGGGGUGCGAUUCGUGACACCAAAGGAAAAUGGGUGCUUCCUUCUCAUAGCCCAGAUGGCACCAAAGUAUAUAAGAACAAAGCUCUUAGAACUCCUUUUGUCAAAUCUGGCUCCAAGUCCAUCCUGAAAAUAGAGGUCGAUGAUCCUGCAAUACAAGCUAUAGAGUUUCUGAUAGUUGAUGAAACCCAGAACAAAUGGUUUAAAAAUAAUGGCGAGAACUUUUCUGUUAAGUUACCUGUGAAAGGAAAGAUGAUUCCAAAUGCUUCAGUCCCUGAAGAACUUGUACAGAUUCAAGCAUAUUUGAGGUGGGAAAGAAAGGGCAAGCAGAUGUAUACCCCAGAGCAAGAGAAGGAGGAAUAUGAAGCAGCUCGAACUGAGCUAGUGGAGGAAAUAGCCAGGGGUACUUCCAUAGAGGACAUGCGAACAAGGCUAACAAACGAAUCUGCUAAAAGUGAAAUAAAGGAGCAACCACGUUCUGAAACCAAGAGCAAGAUACCUGAUGAACUUGUACAGGUACAAGCUUAUAUACGGUGGGAGAAAGCUGGGAAACCCAACUAUACCCCAGAUCAACAGUUGGGAGAAUUUGAAGAAGCAAGAAAAGACCUGCAAACUGAAUUGGAGAAGGGCUUGUCUCUUGAUGAGAUACGGAAGAAGAUGAUCAAGGGAGAAAUACAAGUUAAGGUUUCAAAACAACAGAAAAGUAGAAGGUAUUUCGGUGUUGCAAGGAUUCAGCGCAAAAAGAGGGAUUUAAUGCAGCUUCUCCACAGACAUGUGACUGAAUGGACAGAGGAAAAAACUCCGAUUCCAAUUAAAAAAACAGAGCUGACAGCAGUUGAGCAGUUUGCUAAGUUGAAGGAAGAACAAGAUAGUGGUUCUGUUCUGAACAAAAAAAUCUACAAAAUUUCUGACAAGGAACUUCUGGUACUUGUAACUAAGCCUGCUGGUAAGACCAAGGUGUAUUUUGCUACAGAUUCCAAGGAACCCCUUACCCUUCAUUGGGCUGUGUCUAAAAAAGCUGGAGAGUGGUUGGCACCGCCUCCAAGUGUACUGCCUCUGGAUUCAAUUCCUCUAAAUGGAGCAGUGCAAACACAAUUUGUGAAUAGCUCUUCUGCUGAUCCUGCUUAUGAGGUCCAAACCUUAAAAAUAGAGAUUGAAGAGGACAGUUUUGUGGGGAUGCCAUUUGUCCUUUUGUCUCAAGGAAAUUGGAUAAAGAAUGGAGGAUCAGACUUUUACAUUGAAUUCAGAGUUGAACCUAAGCAGGUCAAAAAGGAUGCUGGUGAUGGCAAAGGGACAGCCAAGGCUUUGUUGGGUAAAAUAGCAGAAAAGGAGAGUGAAGCACAGAAGUCCUUUAUGCACCGAUUCAAUAUUGCAGCAGACUUGAUGGAUCAAGCCAUUAGUACUGGUAAAUUGGGUCUUGCUGGCAUUGUGGUGUGGAUGAGAUUUAUGGCUACCAGGCAGCUUGUAUGGAAUAAAAACUACAACGUAAAACCACGUGAAAUCAGUAAAGCUCAGGAUAGGCUUACAGACCUGCUCCAGAACAGUUACAAAACCCAUCCACAGUAUAGGGAACUUCUGCGAAUGAUAAUGUCUACUGUUGGUCGUGGAGGUGAAGGGGAUGUUGGACAGCGAAUUCGAGAUGAAAUCCUGGUUCUCCAGCGAAACAAUGAUUGCAAGGGUGCAAUGAUGGAGGAAUGGCAUCAGAAGCUACAUAAUAACACUAGUCCUGAUGAUGUUAUAAUCUGUCAGGCAUUAAUUGAUUAUAUUAAGUGUGACUUUGACAUCAGUGCUUACUGGAAAACCCUGAAUGAAAAUGGAAUAACAAAGGAACGCCUUCUAAGUUAUGAUCGUGGCAUCCAUUCUGAACCAAAUUUCAGAAAAGAUCAGAAGGAUGGUCUUUUGCGUGAUUUAGGAAAAUACAUGAGAACUUUGAAGGCGGUUCAUUCAGGUGCAGAUCUUGAGUCUGCUAUCUCAAAUUGCAUGGGCUACAGAUCUGAGGGUCAAGGAUUCAUGGUUGGGGUGAAAAUAAAUCCUAUACCAGGAUUGCCAUCUGGAUUUCCAGAAUUGCUUCAAUUUGUUCUAGAACAUGUCGAAGAUAAGAAUGUAGAACCCCUUCUUGAGGGUUUACUUGAGGCUCGUCAAGAGCUCCAGCCAUUACUUAAUAAAUCUCAUGAUCGUAUGAAGGAUCUUUUAUUCUUGGACAUUGCUCUUGAUUCUACUGUUAGAACAGCCAUUGAAAGGGGAUACGAGGAACUGAAUAAUGCUGGAGCAGAGAAAAUUAUGUACUUCAUCACUCUGGUUCUUGAAAAUCUUGUGCUCUCAUCAGAUGAUAAUGAGGAUCUUAUCUAUUGCCUGAAGGGAUGGAAUCAUGCCCUGGGCAUGUCAAAAAGCAGAGAUGGUCACUGGGCAUUAUAUGCAAAAUCUGUCCUUGACAGGACACGCCUCGCCCUUACAAGCAAGGCAGAGGAAUACCAUCAAGUUUUGCAACCAUCAGCAGAGUACCUUGGAUCACUGCUUGGAGUGGACCAAUGGGCUGUGAAUAUAUUUACUGAAGAAAUUAUUCGUGCUGGAUCAGCAGCAUCUUUAUCCUCUCUGCUUAAUCGACUUGAUCCAGUUCUUAGGAAGACUGCUAACCUGGGAAGUUGGCAGGUUAUCAGUCCAGUUGAAGCUGUUGGACGUGUCGUUGUUGUAGGAGAGUUGCUUACUGUUCAGAAUAAAUCUUAUGGGCAGCCAACAAUUUUGGUGGUAAAAACUGUAAAAGGAGAGGAAGAAAUUCCAGAUGGUGCUGUUGCUGUGCUGACACCUGACAUGCCAGAUGUUCUAUCUCAUGUUUCUGUCCGAGCAAGAAAUGGCAAAGUUUGCUUUGCCACAUGCUUUGAUCCCAAGAUUCUGGCUGAUCUCCAAGCAAAUGAAGGGAAGUUACUGCACCUAAAACCUACAUCUGCAGAUAUAGUUUAUAGUGCAGUAAAGGAGGGUGAAUUAACAGACUCAAUUUCAACUAAGUCAAAAGACAAUGAUUCGUUGCCAUCUGUUAGUUUGGUCAGAAAGCAGUUUGGUGGUAGAUAUGCCAUAUCCUCUGAGGAAUUUACCAGUGAAAUGGUUGGAGCUAAAUCCCGAAAUAUCUCAUAUCUGAAAGGAAAAGUGCCAUUGUGGGUCCAGAUUCCUACAUCAGUUGCUCUCCCAUUUGGAGUCUUUGAGAAAGUUCUUUCAGAUGGUUUGAAUAAGGAAGUGUCUGAAAAGUUGCGGAGCUUGAAAGGAGGGUUAGGUAAAGGGAACUUUGCUGUCCUCACUGAGAUUCGUAAGACAGUUUUACAGCUUUCAGCACCAUCUCAGCUGGUGCAAGAGCUGAAAGAUAAGAUGAAAAGUUCUGGAAUGCCUUGGCCUGGUGAUGAAGGUGAACAGCGCUGGGAACAAGCUUGGAUGGCUAUAAAGAAGGUCUGGGCUUCAAAGUGGAAUGAAAGAGCAUACUUUAGCACCAGAAAAGUGAAAUUGGAUCAUGAUUAUCUGUGCAUGGCUGUCCUGGUUCAAGAAAUAAUAAAUGCUGAUUAUGCAUUUGUCAUCCACACAACUAAUCCAUCCUCAGGAGACUCAUCAGAGAUAUAUGCUGAGGUGGUGAGGGGACUCGGAGAAACUCUAGUUGGAGCUUAUCCAGGUCGUGCUUUGAGUUUUAUCUGCAAGAAGAAUGAUCUCAACUCUCCUCAGGUGUUGGGUUACCCAAGCAAGCCCAUUGGCCUCUUUAUAACACGAUCUAUUAUCUUCCGAUCUGACUCUAAUGGUGAAGAUCUAGAAGGUUAUGCUGGUGCAGGCCUUUACGAUAGUGUGCCAAUGGAUAAAGAGGAAAAAGUCGUGCUUGAUUAUUCGUCUGAUCCAUUGAUGAUUGAUGGCAACUUUCGGCAGUCGAUCCUCUCUAGCAUUGCUCGUGCAGGAAAUGCAAUUGAAGAGUUGUAUGGGUCACCUCAAGAUAUUGAAGGUGUGGUUAGAGACGGGAAAAUUUAUGUUGUCCAAACAAGACCGCAGAUGUGAUCCUGAUUCUUUUUUGUAUCCUCGUAAAGGGACGAGCUAUUUAAAUGAUAGUAGGAGGGAAAAAAAAAAUCGGGGGAAACCUGUAGAGAAAUAAAGUGGGUGCAAGAAGCUUCACACGGAAGUUUGUCAAUAGGCCAUCUUGUACAAUACAAACAUAAAAUUUUAUUUCUAUCUCAUAAGGCAUUAUACUAUUGCCUUUGUUGUGAGAAUUUUCACGUCCCUGCCUCGAAAUGAAUGACCUACUCCGACUUUGUUUAUGGCAAUGAACACCAAGUCCACCAUAAAUGCUGGUGAAAGGUUAAAUCAACAUAUGCCCUGCUAGUUUUCUGCCAAUUACAGAUAGUCCUUUUUAUGCAGGAGAGUGAGAUUUUGCUAA